GAAAUGACAUCCACCGAUGAUGUGGAGGCUUCAAGAAAAGCUCUACGUAACCUUCUUAGUUCUUAUUAUGGAAUAGAAGAAACUCCUUCAGAAUGGCUAGAAAAAUCUUCAGUUAUUGAUGAAAGAAGAAGCUCAACAGAUGCGGAAACACAGCAUCCCACUCUUCAAACCCAAAACACGGAAGCUGAAACGCUUUUAAGAACUUUAAAUUUAAGCCAUUUGAUGAAAAAAACUUUUGAGCUGAAAGCAGAAACAGAAGAAUUGAACGUGAAAUUGGAACAUUUGUUGUACAACAGUUAUCAGAAAUUGGAGGAAACAGCAAGUACAAUAAGUCAAAUGACAGAAGAGGCACCCUAUUUGGAACACACUUUAGAGGAUGCUCUGGAAAAGAUUGUUUCAGUGGAAGAUGGAAAUCAACAGGUCAACAAAAGUCUUUCGAAGGGUAGAACGGAGGUCCAGAUAUUGGAGUCUUGGAGCAAGUUGUUGAAGACUUUAAGGGUUGCAGAGGAGCUGAAAGAAAAUAUGUUGACGAUGCAUCAAAAGGGUAACACGAACCAAGUUGCACUUCUCUUUCACUCAGUCACCUCAAUUCUUGCUCGCAUCUCUUCCAAAAGUACGUACGUAACUGCAUUGUUACGGGAUCUUCAGGUCUGCAGUUAUGAAAUUCGCCAUGAUUUGUUGCAGAAACUUGAAGCAGAAGAGCACUCGGAACAGGAUGAUGGAAUGUCUUUUAGAAAUACACUCGAUUCGUUGAUUAUGUUUGAUGAAUCGCAAAGUGUGAUACGAGACAUUUUGUUACGUCAUGCACGAAAGAAGCUUUCAUCAAGUCUUUCUUCUUGUUUAGGGAGUGAAGAACAACUUGAAGUUUGGAAAUAUUUUACUUGUUGUGUGUUAUGGUUGAAAAAUUCAUUUAUGCCAAUAUCUGUUGAUCUGUUCAAAAUAGCAUCUUCUUGUGCAGAAGAUGAGACUAUUUCCAAGUUAUCAGAUAUAGUCAAUGAUCAACUAAUACUCUUUAGAGAUGAAUAUUUGCAAGAUAUUACAAAUGAAGAUGUUAUUUUGUUGGAAGAAGAAGAAGAAGAGGAGACUACGAAGUUUUUCAAAAUUAUGGAAGAUAUUAGAGUCGCUUUGAAUGAUUCCAAUCUGCCUGUUAAAGAGUCAUUGUAUCAAACACUUGAAGCACUUCUUUUCAAGUGGAAGCAUUUUGUAACAGCUGCAAGUUAUAACUCACUUGUUCGACUAUUGAAUAGGAGCCUUGCUUUGGAAAGAAAGAUAGUAAAUUGGCAGAUCUCUCGUUCAUCUUUAGAGAAGGAAUUGAAAGAGAUAUUUGAGCGCAGUAGUUUUUUAUUGGGUCAUUUAGAGCAAUGGAGGGAAAGUUUACAAUUGUCUCUCAUAACUUUGUCGCAAAUAACCAAAAAUUGUUUUCUACAAGCAGUUCUGUAUUGUUCGAGAUAUGAAUGUAAGCAUCCCAGUCAAAUGUUGUCUUUGUCUUAUUUUCUUCAUUGUCUGAAUCCUUCUCUUUUUGAUGAUGGUGAUGAGAUUAUUGCUUGUGGGGAUAAUUUAUUAGAAGAAUAUGUGUUAUGGCGAAGUUUCUUGUUACAGGUUGAGUUUUGUAGUUGUUCUGCCUGUUAUUUGGAUGAAGACAACGGUCAUUCUUCAUCCGUUCAUGUUGCCAAAGUAGUGCAACAAAUUACGGAUAUCUCUCAAGAAAUACAUGAAGUUUUGAUGGAAGAUGGAUCGAAAUGGAAUCGUCCUCGUCGCAUUUCGGAGUCAAGUGCAUAUCCUAAUCGUACACUUUCUUGGGAACAUUUUGAUACUCUAUUUGUUUCCAACAGACCUGUGGAGUUUGAAACUCCUCUAUUUGAAGAUCAGGUAUUGAUUGUUUGUAUAGUACAACGUGCGACAAGAUUCUGGCAGGAAUUUCUACGGUUGAGAAGGCUAUCUUCUAAUGCGUUGGAACAACUCAAGUCAAAUGUUUCAUCUUAUAUAGAUACUUUUCUUUCCUUGGGGAUAAGAUUUCGAAAGGAACUUUUGAAUAAGUUAUAUGUGUCAUUUCAGGCUGUUUUAUCGACAGGAAACGAAGCAAGUGUAGCUUAAAAUAUAAAUAGGAUUCCAAUAUU